AUGAAUCCUUCAUCAAUUAAAUAUACAAUUGAAAUUUCUGAAUAUAAAUUCAGCAGUAACUUAAAUCAAUUACAAUUAGUAAUGACGGCCUCAUUAUCUGUUAAUAAAACAAAUGAUAUUUGUUCAAAUAAAGAGUUUAGUGAAACUUCAAGUGGUGAUGAUUCAAAUUAUUUAAAGAUACAAAUUGAUGAUCAUUCUUUAUAUGGUAGAUUUAUAAAAAGAGCAUUAAUUGAUUCAAUUCCAAGACCAAUUGAUAAUGUUCCAUUGGACUCUUAA